CUAUGGUAGCGCACGACUCCCGUCCUUCCCGCCUUUCAAAGUCUCAGAUGGAUGAUGCUACUGGUCCAACCAACACUACUCAACAGACAAGCAGCGUUACAGAUAAUGCUAUGGUAGCGCACGACUCCCGUCCUUCCCGCCUUUCAAAGUCUCAGAUGGAUGAUGCUACUGGUCCAACCAACACUACUCAACAGAUAAGCAGCGUUACAGAUAAUGCUAUGGUAGCGCACGACUCCCGUCCUUCCCACCUUUCAAAGACUCAGAUGGAUGAUGCUACUGGUCCAACCAGCACUACUCAACAGAUAAGCAGCAUUACAGAUAAUGCUAUGGUAGCGCACGACUCCCGUCCUUCCCUCCUGUCAAAGACUCAAAUGGAUGAUGCUACUGGUCCAACCAACACUACUCAACAGACAAGCAGCGUUACAGAUAAUGCUAUGGUAGCGCACGACUCCCGUCCUUCCCGCCUUUCAAAGUCUCAGAUGGAUGAUGCUACUGGUCCAACCAACACUACUCAACAGAUAAGCAGCGUUACAGAUAAUGCUAUGGUAGCGCACGACUCCCGUCCUUCCCACCUUUCAAAGACUCAGAUGGAUGAUGCUACUGGUCCAACCAACACUACUCAACAGACAUGCUGCAUUAAAGUUAAUACUAUGGCGGCGUGCAACUCCCAUCCUUGUCUCCUGUCAGAGAUGGAUGAUGCUACUGGUCCAGCCAACACUCCUCAACAGAUUGUGACAUGUUUUGAAAACAAAAAUGAAGUUUUUGUACCAAGACUGAGACGGACUAAGAGUGUCAUAAUAAAAGACACAGAUCUUGAAAAUUCUGAUGAACUGUAUGAUUCUACAUCAGAGGGUGAAGAUGAUUCUACACCAGACAGUUCAGAUAAUUACAUUCCAGAUACUACUUCUGAAAGGGACAGUGAUGAUAGCCUUAAACCAAAAUAUAAGUCUCAUGAUGAUUUACUGGAUGUCUAUGGCUCAGUGAGUUCCCCUGUCUGUGACUCCACAACUUCAGACAAAAUGAUCUCUGAUAGGCACAGACUUACAUCUGAAGUGUCUGGAUCAGAUGAAGAACCAUGUUCAAGUCAGAAUGUAAAUGACAGCAUUGUUGUUGGUGCAUGCACAAAAAAAGGUGGGAAGAGAGUGUACAACAAGAGACAGUAUUGCUUGUAUUGCUGUAUCCCUUAUGCUAAGAUGGCAAGGCAUCUUGAACAUGCACACCAAGAUAAAUCUGAUGUGGCUAAAGCUUUAAGCUUUCCAAAGGGUUCCAAGGAGAGAAAAACCCAUCUAAACUACAUUCGCAACCGAGGAAACUAUGCUCACAAUGCUGCUGUCAUGGAGUCAGGAAAGGGAAAACUAGUGCCAUUUAAACGUCCACCUAAAGAAGUGCAAGGAAAUGACUUCAUGCACUGUGCAUACUGUCAAGGACUUUUUACAAGAAGGGUGCUAUGGCGACAUGUGCGCAGUUGUAGACUUCGACCUGGAUCGGUUGCCCCCAAACCAGGAAAGAACCGUGUUCAGUCCAUGUGUACAUACACAGGGCCUGUACCUUCAACUAUUAGUAAACAACUGUGGGGAGUAAUCAGUGCCAUGAAUCCUGACCCAAUUACAGAUAUAGUAAAAAAUGACCAAGUCAUUAUUGAUGUUGGGCAGCACUUGUUAAACAAAGGUGGAACAUCAGCCAAAAAUCAACAGUCUGUGCGAGAGAAGAUGCGAGAAAUGGGAAGGCUGAUUCGCAAUGCUAGAAAAGUCACCACCUUAAAAAAAAUGGAAGACCUCAUAAAUCCAAAGAAGUACAUGGAGACUGUCAAAGCUGUCAAGUUGACAUGUGGGUAUGACAGUGAAACAAAUAAGUUUUUGAUUCCAUCACUAGCAAACAAACUUGGGAAUACCCUGGUUAAAGUAAGCAAACUCUUAAAAGCUCAGGGAUUAAUCUCAAACAAUGACAAACUUGUGAAGAAUGCCAGUGAGUUUCAGGAUGUUCAUCAGGAAAAGUGGAAUGAACUGAUCUCGGCUACAGCUUUGAGGAACAUCAGGGAAGCAAAGUGGAAUGUGCCUACUGUCAUGCCCUUUACCGAAGAUGUCCAAAAAAUGCAUGCAUAUCUCACUCAAGUGCAAGAUGAGUGGUACAAUUCACUCUCUGAAAGUCCCUCUACAAAGGCCUGGAUGGAGCUGGCAAAGGUGUGUCUGGCCCAGAUCAUACUUUUUAACCGGCGCAGGGAAGGAGAGGUGGCAAGCAUGCCCUUAUCUGCAUUUUCAUCAAGAGACACUUCUGACCCACAUGUGGAUGUGGACUGGGCGCUCUCUGAAGUGGAAAAAAAACUCUGCAGACACUUCUCAAGGAUUGUUAUUAGAGGAAAACGCGGUCGCCCGGUUCCAAUUCUUCUGACUCCAAAAAUGCUGGGUGCGUUAGAACUCCUUGUUAAGCAGAGAGAGGCUUGUGGGGUUCUAAAGGACAAUGGUUAUAUGUUUGCAAGACCAGAAGCUAUGACACAUUUCCGAGGUUCAGACUGCAUUCGUGGCUUUGCAAAGGCAUGUGGUGCAAGGUGCCCCGAGUCGCUAACAUCUACCAGACUGCGAAAGCAUGCUGCAACCCUUUCAACAGUCCUGAACAUGACAGAUACAGAGAUGGAUCAGCUUGCCAAUUUUCUUGGACAUGAUAUAAGAAUCCAUCGUGAGUUCUAUCGACUACCUGAGAAGACGCUGCAGCUCGCCAAGAUCAGCAAAGUUCUAAUGGCACUGGAGCAAGGAAGAUUAGCAGAGUUUCAUGGCAAGAACUUGGAUGAAAUUGGGAUAGAUCCAGAUGAAAAAAUUCUGGACAGUGAUGAAGACACGAGUGCACAGGAGGAAAAGCGUUCAUCAUCAACAUCUACUGUUGAUGAGCCAUCAGCAGAAGAGUCACUUUCUCCCACCAAGAAGAAUGAAAUGCCGCCACCACCACCACCUAAGAAAUACAAACGACUAUCAGAUGAAGAUGAGACACCUUCAAGAUUCGGUGCUAUGAGGCAUUCUUCCAAAGGUAAAGCUACCCAGAAGAAGAAAAGACCCUGGAAGCAGACAGAGGUGCAGGCGGUGGAAAGGCACAUGAAUCGAUUCAUAACAGCUUGCACUGUACCAGCAAAGAGUGACUGUGAGAGGUGCUUAAGGGCUGAACCAGAAGCUCUUAAAAACCGGGACUGGCAGAACCUGAAGUUCUAUGUUUACAAUCGCAUUACGGCCUACAAAAAGAAACUGUAGCAUACAUAAUGUGAAGAUUACCAACUCUACGGUAUGGUCAUUUUUGUUUCUCAUAUUUCAGCAAAAAGGUGGAGCUUAUUUCCUGUUGUUUUAAAAGCAUUUCCACAUUUUGUUAUUUUGUUCUGAAGU